CGAGCGAUGGUCUGUUAUUAUUUAACUGCGACUAGGAUUGAACUCAUUUCAAAGAUUUCUUACCAAACAUUUGAUUUAGUUUAGCAAUUUUGUGGUCAUAAAUCAGAAUGUGGAUAUCAUGUGUUUUCUUAAGCUCGGCUUUACUGGCUGUAUUACGACCGGCGUCGUGUUGGUCCAUUGUGACGUCAAUUCCGGUAGAUAUGCCGGAUCCGGAACUGAUUCCUAUUGAGGAGCUGACAAUCAUAAACGACAGAGAGAAACAACUGACAGCAAUCAAGGACAAGCGGCUGAAGUCGUGCUUUGUGAACGACUACGACCCAUACUGGAGUCUGAAUGACGAGGACAAGGCGAUGUUCAUCAAGCAAAAGUACUGUAAACAGGUGGAGUUUGCCUCGUUACGGCGCAAGGCGGGUCUGAUGAUCUCCAGGUUAUGUGUGGGCAACAAUGUAUUCUGGCUGAACGUGAUGAACGACAUGCCGCCGCCUCUGAAGGGGGCCACCCUGUCCAUGACUCGGGCCACUGAUUGUGAGAUCACUUAUGAUGACGUUACUGAGAGAAGUAGCACUCCGACUACUGUUGGUGAUGGAGCGCCCCCUACAAUAGCGCACAACGGCUUCAACCCACCAUUAGAUGUAAAUGGUCAAGCACCGCCCGUUGUUAAUAUAGGAGAACCACCAAUGAUACCUAAUGUAAACAAGGAAAACAAUAAUGGAGAUAUGCCCCCGCCUCUCAUCGGUAACGACCUUGGCCCACCGCCUCCUCUGACCCCUGACUUAAUGUCGGUUGGAUCCGACCCCAACGGUAAUGACAGUGGCGAUAUGCGACCGCCGCAGAUACAACAGCGGUCAGGGAUGUCCGGUGAGGGUCCCUCGCACGUGACAGACUAUCAAGGACCGCCUCCGCUUCGGGAAAACCUCGUUCCGGAGAAAGACGCACCGUAUCCGGUCCCGGUGAUGCUAGCCACGAAUACGCCACCGCCUCCGCCACUGCUCGACAUCCUUUUAAAUAAAUUCGCAGCGAGAAUGGAAGAACCUUCGUUUUUGGUUCCAGACGCGCCGGAUAUGAGAACUCCGCCGCCACCAAAAGGAUUUAACCAGUCGUAAAAUGCUGGCGUCACGGUGCUCAACAUGAUGUGAAACCAAGAAAAAAUAUCAAUACGCAUUGUAUUAAACAGUGAACAGUUUUCAUACGUUUUAUCAGUCAUUUUGAAGGAACAUUUUUGAAUGCUUUUAAAGAAAAUAUAUUUCCUUACUGUCAGUUACGAUUUCAAGAAACACAAUCUAUCAUUUUCAAAAUAAUUACGGAAAAUAUUUAAUUCGUUUUUAUGGAGUUAUUAUCGAUUCACACAUUUAUGGCUAUCGUCUGUCGGAGAUGAAGGUGUGUUUGUCCAUUUGUACACUAAGUUCUUGUGUUUCAUGCAUUAAUUUAUUUAUUUCAUCAUAUUACGUUUCAUUAGCAACAGGAUUUGUUUUGAAUGUUGGCUUCUUAUUUAUUACAUCAUAAUAUUAUUAUGUACACUUCGAAAUAACACCAAUUAAAAUAACUCUCCAAGCUUUAUGUUUUCUCAUUCGGAACUCCUCGGCCAUUUUUUUUAAAAACAACCUCGGAUGUAUUUGGACGGUUUACAUACCUAAAAAGAGGUUCGUUUAAGUCCGCUGCAAGUAGAUCGCGUAGUAUUUUUUUUAGCAGUUAAACUUUAUGUCUUAACUCUUGGGAAUCUUAAUUAUGUUUGCAAUAAUACAUUUCACUGGUAAUCAAUUUAAACUUAGAUCAAUAAAUACAACUCUGAAACACUAAAUUUAAUUAACGAUAUAAUUAAAAAAAAUACGAACUACUUCAACUGAAGUACCGGCAUAUACAUCCGAGGUUGUUUUUAAAAACAAUGGCCGAGGAGUUCCGAAUGAUGUUUUCUAUGUUAAUAAUUUGUGAGCAAGUAUUUUUAUAAAAUUA